AUGGCGGCACAGCCCGUGCCUCAUCCGUCGACGGAUAAGAAACGAGUAAAGGUCUACGAGUUGCGCAAUAAUGACUGGUUCGAUCGGGGUACAGGCUUUUGUACCGCUGCUCUCAACAUUUCCGAAGAUGGCCACCAAAGAGAUCCACGAGUAAUUGUCGAGUCUGAAGACCAACCGGAUCGCGUAUUGCUCGAGACAAGGAUUUGUAAGGAAGAUGGUUUCCACAAACAGCAGGAAACCUUGAUUGUCUGGACCGAACCUACCAAUGGCGUCGAUAUGGCUCUCAGCUUUCAGGAAGCUGAAGGUUGCGCCAUGAUAUGGAAGUUCAUUAAUAGUAUCCAGCAGCAAUACCAGUCUGUGAAUGCGCCAGACGAUAGCCUGUCUGAUGAUCUCGCCAUGGACGGUCUAAACCCGAUUUCCCUCCCCCCGGCUUCGAUGGCAAACCUAGCCGAAAUAGAAUCGCAAAUGCGUGGGCUUAGUGGAACGGUAAAUGGUCGCGAUGCCCUCACUAAGUACGUUCUGGCGGAAGAUUAUAUCGGCAAGCUAAUCCCCUUGGUUUCCGACGCGGAGGACCUCGAAAGCCUCAACGAUUUACAUCGCCUUUGCAAUAUUAUGAAGAUCAUUAUUCUGCUCAACGAUACUAGCAUUAUAGAGCACGCCGUAUCGGACGAAAGUGUAAUCGGCGUUGUCGGCGCGUUGGAAUAUGACCCGGAUUUCCCGAGCCACAAGGCCAAUCAUCGGCAAUGGUUGGAAGGAGAGGGCCGUUUCAAGGAGGUUGUGCAAAUCGAGGAUAUCCAAAUACUAAAGAAGAUACACCAAACGUAUCGGCUUCAGUAUUUAAAGGAUGUCGUCUUAGCGCGUAUUCUAGACGAUAACACCUUCUCAGUACUGAACUCGCUUAUCUUCUUCAAUCAGGUCGAUAUCGUACAACAUCUCCAGUCAAAUGCAGCCUUCCUCGCCGAGCUAUUCAAUAUAUUCAAGUCUCCUCAAACCGACCCUAGGCGUAAGAAGGAGGCAGUACUAUUCAUACAGCAAUGCUGCGCUAUUGCUAAAAACUUACAGCCGCCAGCCCGCCAGACUCUGUACAACAACUUUCUCGCUAAUGGUCUACUUCAAGUCAUUAACUUUGGCCUGCGACACGGCGAUGUAGCAGUGCGAGUUGGUGCGACGGAUAUCCUGGUGUCUAUGAUCGAUCACGACCCGCAGAUGAUAAGAGCUAUGAUCUACAGGCAACUUCAAGAGAAACAGCCACCUUUGACGGACUCGCUUAUCGACUUGCUCUUGGUCGAAGUUGAUUUAGGGGUUAAGUCGCAGAUAUCCGAUGCUCUAAAGGUACUGCUUGACCAAGGUCCGCCAGUACAGCAGGAGGCGUUUACGAAGGCUAAUGGCGAGUACGGAGUUCGAGCUGCAUCCAGAAUACCGCCAAGCGCAGAUCCGCAGCAGGAUAACUUUCUUAACACCUUUUACGAGAGGUCAGCGUCGAGACUAUUCCAACCCCUAAUAAACCUGGAGGGUCGAACAAGCAUGGAGUUUUCAGUUCAGCAGGCCUCUAUCUUCACAUAUCUUAUCGAGAUUCUCUGUUUCUUUAUCCGCCAGCAUCAACACCGUAGCAAAUUCUUCGUCUUGAAUAAUGAUAUCGUUUCCCGCAUCAGCCAACUUCUCAGUUGCCCGGAGAAAUUCCUAAAACUUAUUGCCAUCCGGUUCCUUCGACAGCUGAUUGGCCUGCAAGACGAAUUCUACGUAAAACAUGUGUCGGAGAAGAAGGUUAUCGGUCCAGUCCUCGACGUCCUCAUUGAAACUAUGCCAAGAGACAAUUUACUUAGUUCCGCAUGCUUGGAAUUCUUCGAAUUCGUCAGGAAAGAAAAUGUCAAGGACUUAGUCAAGCAUAUUGUUGAGAACUACCGAGACAAGGUUCAGAGGCUUACCUACUUGGAUCUCUUCAGGACCUUGAUUACGCGAUAUGACCAGACUGGGGGAUUCAGUGCUAAUAUGGACUACUUCAUAGAAGUGGACGACGAGCCGAGAAGACGGGCAAAUAUAAUUAAUCCUAAGACUGGAGCGUUAAUGGAACAUAUUGCUAUGGACCAGGCCGAGGAAGAGUAUUGGAACACGUCUGACGAUGAAGAAGAGAUGCAGGCAAAACCAGGAAAUCGAACGACAUGCACAAAUGGAGAAUCAAACGCGAAACCCCUGGUCGAUUACGCUUCGGACGAGGAGGGCGAUGAGAACUUGGAUGCCGGGGCGCUUUCGGCUGACGAGGACAGACAAGAUGAUGGGCCUAAGAAAGCAGAUGACAAUUCUGGAGAUGUUGCGCCUCCGCUGGAACGCCUGUCCGAGAAACGCCGACGCGAAGAAGAUGAGGAAGAUGACCUGAGUAAGAUGGUCCAACACAAACGUCGAAAUAGCUCGACCGCCAGUUCUAGCGCGUCAAGCGUAUCCGGAGUUCUUCGCAAGAAGAGGAGUAUCUCGGGUGCCAGAGAUGCGGGAAGCGCACCAAGGAAGAUCGCUAUCAGUCUCUCUCCGAACCUAAAGGGCGGUGGCGGGCAGGGUCAAGGUCGAUCAGACGACGAGGCAUGA